GAAGAGAUCUCAAAUAUAAAUAAGAAGAAGAGGGUAUUUUCCAAUUUAGACGUUACAAUUUGCAUUUUGGGAAGCACAACAGAGAGAGAGAGAGAAUGGAGAAUGGUGGGGAAGAUCCACAAUUAGAGAUAGUAGAAGCACCACCACCACCACAGCCACAGCGAAGGUUGAAAGCGAUCCCACCAAAUCCACCGCCAACAGAUCGACCCGCACGUGUAUAUGCAGAUGGCAUCUACGAUCUCUUCCACUUCGGUCAUGCUCGUGCCCUUGAACAAGCUAAAAAACUAUUGCCCAACACUCAUCUUCUUGUUGGAUGUUCCAAUGAUGAAACCACCCACAAAUUCAAGGGAAAAACUGUUAUGAAUGAAAAGGAGCGCUAUGAAUCUCUGCGCCACUGCAGAUGGGUUGACGAAGUUAUUCCAGAUGCGCCUUGGGUUGUUACCCCGGAGUUCAUUGAGAAACAUCGGAUUGACUAUGUGGCACAUGACGCUCUUCCUUAUGCAGAUGCAACUGGAGCUGGACGUGAUGUUUACGAGUAUGUUAAGUCCAUUGGCAAGUUUUUGGAGACCAAGAGGACGGAUGGAAUAUCUACUUCAGAUUUGAUAAUGAGGAUUGUAAAAGAUUACAAUGAAUAUGUGAUGCGCAAUUUGGACCGAGGUUAUUCAAGAACGGAUCUUGGUCUGAGCUUCGUGAAGGAAAAAAGGUUGAGAGUGAACAGGGGUUUGAAAAAGUUGCAUGAGAGAGUAAAGAAACAACAAGAGAAAGUGGAAGAGAAGAUACAAACAGUAGCAAAGCAUCGAAAUAUUUGGGUGGAAAAUGCUGAUAGAAUGGUUGCUGGUUUCCUUGAGAUGUUCGAAGAGGGUUGCCACAAAAUGGGGACUGUCAUAAGAGACCGAAUUCAAGAACAGAUGAGGACCAAGAGUAUAAAAGGGCUUCUAUAUGACAAAGAAGAGGAUGACGAUGAAUAUGACUACUAUUUUGGCAGCAGUGAUGAUGAUGAAGAAUACUAUGAUGGUGAAGAUGAAGACUAGGGUUCUUCACUUUCUUAUGUUAUGUGGUGAGUUUCACCAUGUAAAAUGUAGUUUAUGGAUCAAGUUGGAUGAAGAUGUAUUAUGUCUAACGGUUGGAUGCGCGUGCGAUAUGCGUGUUUUCUUUUGGGUAGGAUGUAGUGGCAAUUAGCUGUGUUGUAAACCUUAAUCAAUCAUAGUCUUGUACCAUAACGCUGUCAAGCAGAGUGAUUUGAUUAAUAUGAGAUGAAUAAUCAUAUGUUCUUGAAAA